CACGACCGUCUACGUCUACCAACCAUGCGUCUCCCGCUAGUCCUCGCCCUCCCCCUCCCAGGUGUCCUAGCUUGGGGCAACCUCGGCCACCAAACAAUCGCCCACCUAGCCUCCACCCUCAUCCACCCCUCCACCACAACAUGGGCGCAGACCAUCCUCAACGACACCUCAGAAGCCUACCUCGCCACGAUAUCCACCUGGGCGGACACCUACCGCCGCACCGCCGAGGGAGCCUUCUCCGCUCCAUUUCACUAUAUCGACGCGAAUGAUGAUCCGCCGCGGAGUUGUGGGGUGGAUUUUGAGAGGGAUUGUUUGGGGGAGGGAUGUGUCGUCUCCGCGAUUGCGAAUUAUACACGUCGGGUGAUGGCCGCGGACGUGUUGGAUGCGAAGGAGGUAGACUAUGCACUGCGGUGGAUCGUGCAUUUUGUCGGAGACAUCACCCAACCCCUGCACGACGAAGCGGUCGAAAUCGGCGGAAACGGCAUCAACGUCACAUUCUCCGGCCGAAAGACAAAUCUCCACGCUUCCUGGGACACUGCUAUCCCUGAGCAGCUGCGCGGGGGAUACACCCUCGCCGACGCGAAAGCUUGGGCGGAAAACCUCACCGCCGAGCUUGCACCUCGGGGUAAAUUCGGCAGAGUGAAGGAAGGGUGGGUGAAGGGGAUGAACGUGGAUGACCCAAAGGAGACGGCGAUGAUUUGGGCGAAGGAUGGGAAUUCGUUUGUUUGUGAUACGGUGAUACCGGAGGGGGUGGAGGGGGUGGAAGGGGAGGAGUUGUUUCCGGCGUAUUAUGAGGGGGUGGUGGAUGUGGUUGAGAUGCAGAUUGCUAAGGGGGGGUAUCGGUUGGCGAAGUGGUUGGAUGGGAUUGCUGAGAGUGUGGAGGGGAAGAAGGGGAGGAAGGGGGUGAAGAAGGAUGGUCCGGGUCCGAAGGCGCCUGGGAAGGGGAAAGGGCUGGGUCCGAAGAGGAGUGUGGAGGAGAGUGUGGAGGAGGAGUGGGAUUUGAGUGGGAGGGAUUUGUUGCCUGAGGGAGCUGGUGUGCGUGGGUUGUUGUCGCCGGCGCAGAGGAGGAGGGAGGCGGUGUUGGGGAGUGGGGAUUUAUACAUCCCACGCUUGUCCACGAAGACAGGCGUGCAGUAG